AUGGCAUUCUUCAGGAACUCAGGCUAUGACUUAAAUGAGAAAGCUGGGGAAAAUGAAAUGGAGGAAGCCUACGGUUCUGCAGGAAAUGGUGACGGCGAUACAAGUUCUAGUGAUGAGAGUGAUGUGAAGCUGGAGGACCAAUACAGGAGCGAAUCAGAGCAAUUGAAUUCUGUAAAGGUAUUAGAGAAUGAAACAUCUGAAGUGAAUGGUAUUGGGAGAGGUGGAAGGAGAACGGCUCUUGUUGGAAAAUGGGGUUCUUCAUUUUGGAAGGAUUGCCAACCAAUGUGGAACCCAAAAGAUGUAGAAUCUGAUUGCAGUAAAAGUGAACCGGUAUCUGAGGGUGACUCCUCUGAAGAAUAUGAUGCUCAGAAAGAUGGUGAUCAUGUACAAGGAGCCCAAGUUGAUGUUCUUGUGGAUGAGAUGCUAUCUGAUGAAUACUACGAGCAGGAUGGAGAAGACCAGAGUGAUUAUUUACCGUACAGAGAAGUCAAACGAAACGUCAUGCCUGAUCCAAGUUUACCAUCCAAGCCAGUUUCUGCAAAUAAGCUAUCUAGGAAUUCAAAGUCUGCCAAUUGUGAUAAAUAUAAUUAUGACGAAGAUUAUGAAGAUGAAGAUGAGGAGGAGGGUAAUCCCAUUGGCCAUUUUCAACCGUUUUCCUUUUUAUAACAUUUGACGGAGAGUUUUCUUUCUUUUCUUUCUUCAUUUCAUUUGUUUCCUCUUAAUGAGGUUCUUUUAGUCUUAUAUGUUCCAAGAUUCAUAACUGAAAAAUAGAAACUGUAUACCUUUUUCCCAAAGUUUUUUAUAAUCGUUUUGCAACAUGAGCUUUUUAUAGAUAAAUUUCUUUAUUUUCAGUUGAAGAGAGAGUGGAUAUUUGAAAGAUUCAUUAAAAAGUAUCUUUUAAUGAAGAGAAACUUGGGAAGAGAAAAACGUAAACCAUAAUAUCUUUGAUCUCAUGGAUUAUUUUACAUAUCUCAAUCUUCCUCUUUUAUCCUUGAUCCAAUUUUCUUCAAAAAGCUACCUCGUUUUUUGCUUCCAGGAUUAUCUGAUCCUGACAAGCCUUGGUAACCCAGCCUAAGUCUACUUUCAAUGCAUGACUUAUUACCACAAAAAAAAUGAGAUUUUCCUUUGUUUAAAUGGAGUUGAGUCCAUGAAUUUGACUCAAUUGAAUCUACACUCUUUACUUGCUUUAUGCACUGUGAGAUCAUUUCUUUAAUAUUAAUGAGUCAGAUUUAGAUAUCGUACUUGGGCAGCAUGAGGAUUUAAUAUAACCUGCUAUGACGUUACUUGGUAUUUUACUGAUUUCCUUUCUUUUAUAAGAACGAAACCUGAAAGAAGUAUCAUUUAAUAUUGGUGCAGAAGAUGAUCCUGAUGAUGCUGAUUUUGAACCCACUUUUUCUGGCAAAAAGAAGGUACACAUUCAGCUGCUAAAAAAAAUUCUUUAUCGCUUUGCUCCUUUCUCAUUUUGAUUUAAUUCGUGUAUGUGCUAUGUUACUGAAAUUUCUAAAUCUGUUUUGGCCCUUGGAUUAUGGGGGUUGCAUGAUAAAUUUAUUUUUUUUGAAGUUUAUGGGAAGUGAUCUAUCGUUUGGUACUAUUUAAAAAAAUGAUACAUGAUAUGACACCGACAUUUACAUUAUUGAUUUAUAACUUUGUUUUUCUAAUAUUUUUUUCAAAACUAUUUGACAUAUAAUUUCUUUCUAAUGAUGUGCACGUAUUUGUACUGACACCAUUCCAAUCUAGAGAAUUUUUAAGAGAUAUGAGCGUUUCAAACUAAUGUGAGAAGGUUGCCUCUGUGAAAGUAUUCUUCUCUUUAUGAGCUGUUGGUGUCAUCUUCCACAGAAAGGUUCUCUGGCCUUUAGUCAAGAGAGUGGAUUUGAACAAUCUUAGGGUGCUGUUUUCACAAUCAGUCAGGGCAAGCCCAUAACCAGGCUAUGUAAGUUUCUUCAAAUUCUGCUGGUUUCUAUCAAACUUGUCUACUUUAAAAGGUAGACGUUUGUUGCCACUGUAGAGAUCAGCUAAAUGAUCAUAGGAUUUUUGGAUUGGUUAAGGAGCAGCUUUGCUUUCGGAUUGUACAGAGAGAACCCUAAACUCUUUGAUUCAUGUUACAAACUCAUUUCAUUCUUGGCACUAAAUGGGAAUGAUGUCUUUGGGUGUUGGGAAGCUGCUGUGGUGGUGUGUGUUCUGCAUCGGAAAGUUUGAUUUCGAAGAGGCAUGCAGAAGUCAUAAGGGCUCAGUUUAGUUACACUGCCAAUUGCAAGCGUAUAUUCACCUUGCUUGGAAAAUGACAAUUUGCUUUUGCUGAUUUCCUAAACAUUGCUGCUUAAAGGUAGGUAACUUGUUAGCAGGGGAUCUGAAUCACCUAGGAAGUCAAAACGAUAUAAACUAUUUUUACUACUUUUUUCACAAACGCUUAUUUAAGUUAUCUCCGGUGAUGCCUUGGUAACAUGGCAAUGUGAAUACCCAAAGGAUUCAAGUUGCCUGGGCAAAACGAUACAAACUAUUUUUACUACUUUUUUCACACGCUUAUUUAAGUUAUCUGCGGUGAUGCCUUGGUAACAUGGCAAUGUGAAUACCCAAAUAAUUCAAGUUGCCUGGGCGAGUUGCAAUAUUCACUCACAAACACUAUGCAAAUGGAUCACAUUCGUUCAUUUGCAUGUCAUGUUUUUCUUGGUGGUAAUAUGUAUGUAAUAUUUAAUUCAUAUUAUGUAUUUUAAAUAAUAAACUAUUUUUAAUAUAACAGAAAGUUAACUUUAAAUAGAACGGAUUGUUAGUGGCCCCUUUUUAGCAUGUUUUAUAUAUAUGGCAACACUUUACAUUUUUUUCUAAGUUUGGCAUAUGAAGAUUUGCAGGAGGCCUGUCAAGAAAUGAAAAGUCCAAAUCUGGUUCUUGUUAAACUUAGAAUUGACUGAAGUGAAAUAGCUCUAUCGUUCUAUUGGGAGAAUAUUGUUCAAUCGGACCAUGCAUAACAAAGGAAAAAUCUAAAUCAGAAGUUUUUGGAAGAUCGAUAUUGUAGAUGAUGAAAGGUCGACAUUGUAGAUGCGGUCAUAUGAAAUACAGAAGCACAAUAGAUUAUUCAACGAGUCAAAGUUGGUCUUAGAUACUGAAAGAUUAAGUCUUAUUCAGUCUUCAGGUUUUAUUUAGAAGGCGGUGUUACUCUCUUUUUCAUAUGCCUAUGGUUGACCUGAAUUAAGAAACUUAUGUGACAGGUUUCAUUGUUGUGAAUACCUACUAGGGGGGCUGAUCUUGAGCAACCUGUUCAUAUCAUCUUGUUUAUAUUCUCAGAUAAGAUUUUCUUUCAGGCUCCUGCAAGAUCACCAUUUGUCGGUUCCAAGUAGACCUAAGAAGUUGUACAGGUUAAAGAAUCAUUAUUUGUGUCUUUUCAACAAGGAAUCUUUUCUUGUACGGCUAUCUUGAUUGAAUUUAAUAUCUUCCUGCAAGCACAACUUAAUCUUUUCAUUGUUUAUUUUUUUAAAAAGAUUUGCCCUGAUUUUUAGUUCAUUACCAUGCUCGAUGUUAUCUUUGAUAUAUAUGAUCUGAGCAUAAAUAACUUGCUUCCCAGACCCAGAUUACCUCCAGUGCUACUUUUGUCAGUAUCUGAUUUUUAGAACUUGGAGCAUAUUUAUUUUAUGCAUGAAUGACUGAUUGACUAAUGAUUGAUUGACUGCUGAAUGACAGGGUAAUGUGUCAGAAAGUGAUGGUCUUGAGGAUGAAGAAGAUGAUGAUGACUAUCCUGAUGCCUCAGAUGACGAUGAUAGAUAUUUUAACAAUAGUUGUCGUCGUGGCUGCCCACCACGUAAGGCUGGUCGCAGUUCAAAACCAACCAGAGAGAGUAAAUCUAUUCCUAUUCAGAGUCGUAGAAAAACAGUUAAGACAUCUUUUGAAGAUGAAUCAUCUGAUAAGAACUCAGAAGAAGAUAGUUUUGAGGAAUCUAAUCUUAGAACUAAGAGGUCAUCACGGUUUUCCAUGAAGAGUGCUGAUCAGGCAACUGUGAGUGCAAAUCUAUCUUCACAUGGUAGGGAGCUUCGUACAUCAAGUAGAGUAGUGAGGAAGGUAUCAUACGUGGAGAGUGAAGAAAGUGAAGAAAUCGAUGAAGACAAGACACUGAAGACUCAAAAGGUACGAUAACUUUUUCAUGCAUCUUUGCCCAUUUCUUGCCGCAGCAUAUACAUUUCUUCUAAUUUUUUUCAGGUUUCUAUAGCAAUCUUUAUUAUGUUAAUGUGAAUGUAAUAUGAUGUAUUGUAAGUUUUGAGAGGUUUUAAUCCACAUACUCUCCUUUUACUGUGUAACAAGUACUUGGGACUCCGUACCUAAAAGAUAAUCGUGCCACCUUCUGCAAAUGCUAUAGGCAAAGAGGCAACCAUAACAUAUGAAGUGAACUGUAGCUAAAUUUUUGAUGAUCUAUAUGAUCCUUGUUUCUAAAACGUUCUCUAGAGCUGAUGAAUAAUGAUAUUCAGUUUUUACCUCAGUGGGAAGCAGAUUUACCUCUCUGAUGUUGGUCCUUUUUCUCUCUUUCAUUUAUAUCGAAUUUUAAUAUCAACAUGCUGUUUUUUUCUGGAGUUGGCUUUAAUAGUUGGGCAACUGAUUGGGUAUUUUCCUUUUAUUUUCAAUUGAAGUUGCUGAUAGACUUUACUUUUACCAGUCUAUUAGUGUUAUCGAUUGUGGUAAAUUGUGAAAGUAGAUCUUUCAGGCCUGUAGAGACUGAUCAUUUCAGUUCGGUCACUUUUAGGAUGAGCUUGUUUAUGGCCACUCUGCAAUACGAUGUGACUUCAGACAGACUUUUAAUGUUAUUGUAUAACUUUUCCACGGAAUUGAGUCACAAUAACCUGCAUGAUCACAUCUUUUGGUGUAGCAUUUCUACCUCAACUCUGUGCUUAUGAUUUCUAUUGUUUAGAUUAAUUCUAGAAUACAUAUUGUUGAGUGCUUCUAAUUGACAUAGAUGGGGUUGUGAGACUGUGGGUUCCUGCAUUGUUCUGAAGCUUUGGAUUUUUUCUUGUUUCUUUGGAAAUCAGGUAAUCCUCAGUUUUAGUUUAAUUUUGGUAAACAUCAGCUGAUACAGUUUCUAUCUUGCGUUUCUUUUCCUUCCUCUUUGCAUUCAAAAUCAUGGUGGUUGAUACUAAGAGAUAUUUCACAGCUAUAUAUUCUUUUCAUUGUAUUGUCCAUAUUUAUUUCCUGUGACCAAUGAGCCUUCUUGCCUGCAUAUUGAAAAUAUGACUUCUUUUUUUGAUUCUGCCUCCAGGUUUCUCUGGAGGAUGCAGAAGAUGAUGAUGGGGACUCAAUUGAGAGGGUUCUUUGGCACCAGCCCAAGGGCAUGUCUGAAGAUGCAUUGAGGAACAAUAGAUCGGCACUGCCUGUUGUGAUAAGCAGUGUCCUAGACAUUGAGCCGGAUUGGAAUGACAUAGAAUUUUUCAUCAAAUGGAAAGGGCAGUCUCAUUUGCACUGUGAGUGGAAGUCAUAUUCUGACCUCCAAAAUGUAAGUCUUGGAAACUCUUAAGGACAAUAUAAUGUUUUUUUGUAGGGUCGUUUUUUUUUGUCCUUAAGAAAAAAUAUUCAUUAUGCUCGCUUGAUACCAAUGUAUUGUCUUGAAGGACUUAGUUUUUUUAAUUAUUCUUGUGCUUUGUUUGUGCAUAUGCAGCUUACUGGGUUCAAAAAAGUUCUAAAUUACAUAAAGAGAGUCAAGGAAGAAUGGAAAUUCAAGAAAUCUUUGUCACGUGAGGAGGUAAUUGAGUCAAUUUUCUGUCUCCUUGUUCUUUCUCGAAAACUAGACAGCUGAAUUUUUUUGGUAGUCCAUCUGAUAAUAACUCCCUUUCAAAACGACACCUUUUCUUCUAUUCUGCUAUUGAAUUGAUGUGCUGAAGAUGUAUGUGUUGAGGUGACUGUGUGUAACAGGAAAGACAUCUGAAUGGCUGUGUAUGAUAUUUCUGGCAAACAAGAAUGCUAUUCUGUUCUUCAAAAGAAUAUUAAGAUAGAGACAAAGAUGAUUCUGAAGCGGUUCUGAUUGUUGUUCAUGAUUUGUCUUGUUCCUUUAUUACCUUGAUCAUUUUAGUACGUUUUUAUUUUUGAACUUCUGUUACGAAUUUUCUUCACCUCAGUUUGCAAAAGUUGGUGCAGUAAUGCCUUUAGUGCUGGAGUGGAAUUCCCUUUUGUCUAUGAUGUAGCAUAGCCUCCAAGGUAUUACAAGUCGUUAUUGGAGGGCAUGACAUUUAGGCUCCUAGGAGAGCAGACUAAGAGAGCGUACAUUAGAUGCCUACAUUCUAUUGCUAGAUUGAACCAUCUUUAAUAAUCUUGCCAUUAAAAGUCAUAUGAAAAGAGGAAUAUAGGCAAAUACCAUGUCACAUAGUAAGUUGAAGAUGAUCCUAAAGCUUGUGUUUGGAUGACUCAUUGCUUUAUCUGACCUCUUAACUCAUUAACCUGCGUAAUGAUCUCCGCAACCUGUGUUUCUUUGGAUGUCCACUUCAAAAGGCUAAUCUGGUUAACAUGAAGGUGCUUAUCAAUGACUAAGAUAUUAAACUUUUUCAUGUUACUUUCAUGAGACCUGUCAUACAGGAGUAAAGAAGUCCGCUUAAAGUGAGCUAUGAACGUUAUCAUAUCAACGAUAGCAUUCAUGUACUUUUCAUUGUUCAUCACUAAUGAUGUUGCUUUCUUUCUUCAUUUUUAUAUUUGUGUUUUUUUUAUAGAUAUCAUUGAAUCAGAAUCUUUAGUAAAACUAGGCCUUGCCUUGUACCACGUUGAGUUGCUUAAGUAAUAUUCCUCGGUGUUGAUCGUCUUUUGUCAUGUCAACUGCUAUGUUCAGAAGGAUUUUUGUUAAAUCAUUUGGUUUAUAAGUCUGGAAGAUAUUGUACUUAUGUUGAAGGAUGUGUGGUCUGGGGUGCAAUAUCUAUGAGAUCUUGAGUAAAAGGGGUAGGGGGUAGCUCGGAGCACCAUAGGAGGGCGAGGGUUCUUCAUUACCCGCUAUGAAAAAAUUUAGUGUUUUAUGGACGGCAAGGGUUUGGUGGAAAUAUCAGUAAUUGGAGUAAUUAUUCUGUCCCUUGCGGGUAAGAUAUGAGGGGCUACUUUUAUCCUGUGAUAACAAGAUGCCUGCAGCACUUUAGCCAGAAAAUGGACCAACUGUCUGUAAGAGCCUACCCUGUUUUUUAAUUUAGAGGAUUCAAGUACUUGGAACAUGAAUAAAUUUACGAAUCAGCUGUUUCUAUGCUUCUACAUAUUUGAAUGUAUGUGUUCUCAUGAUAUAAACGUCUUUUGAGAUGGUAAAUGAUACCAUUUUGCAUCCUUUGUUUUGCUUCUCACCUUUCUUGGGGAGUGUUUCAUUUGAUCAUCUUCUCAGGUCAUUGUCAUCUACUCUCACUUUACUCAAUUCUUGUCUCUCUUGCUUGAUAUCUAAAUCUUUAGUAAUUCCAUGUGUCUGUGGUUUUCAUAUUUGAAUUUCCAGAUACAUCAUGUUCUUCUUUGCUGUCUCUAAUAUUUAGCUGGCGCAUAAAAUUGUCAAACCUUGUUUUAUACCUUUCCCAUCAGGCUGAGGUUCAUGAUGUCAGCAGAGAAAUGGAGUUAGAUCUUCUGAAACAGUAUAGUCAGGUUUGUGUUUUGUGCUUCCAAUUUGAUGUGAACAAUUCACUUCCACUAAUUUGUAGUUUCGGUGAACGAUUAAUAUUUUCAAUGUCUAUUUGUUUUAAAUUCUCCAGGUUGAAAGAAUAUUUUCUGACAGAAUACUAAAGGCUGCUUCUGACGAGGUUGUGGUUGAGUAUUUAGUUAAGUGGCGGGGGCUAUCAUAUGCUGAGGCAACCUGGUAUAUGAAUUUAUAAUUUUGUUGUUCUUAUUAUGUCAGGGUUUUACUGACACCUUAUCUGUGUCAGUAAACUCGGACAAGCUAAUGACAUGCCUAUGCUUUAGUAUCGCUUACGAAUCUAUCUCAGACUCAAGUUUUGAUUUUCAUGAUAUUUCCUUAAAUCGCUUGGCCUAAUUUACUGAAAACUUUUCAUUCUGGAAGGUUUCUCAUUCACGCCUGUAAAUUUUCUUGAUUUUUGAUGUAAUCUAGUUCUGUUUUGCUGAAGAAAUGGGGUGUACAUUCCCAUAUCCAUUUGUUGAAAGUGUGCUGAAAACAGAAUGUUUUUUUGCUUUGAUGAGAGAUAAUUCAAGAGGAAUCGGCUGAAGAUUUUUUUUCCCUAUCCCUUCAAAUUACAGUCUUCCUAAUUGGGGGCGUGAGGCAAGAAACUAAGUAAUAAUUCUGGGUUUGGACCGUUCUUCUUCUGACUAAUAUUGGCUGUUUGAAAUUGAGAGUAAGGAAGGAAUGGGUAUAAAUAAUGUUAAGGAACACUUAUGAUUGCCCCCAUUUUGGUAUCUGUAGCUAUCCGGGCCACGAGGACUGGUUUGAUGAGAGGAAAUUGAGAGUAGGCUACGGUUAUUUGUGAUGUGGUUUCGCCUGUAUUGAUCCUUUCCCUAACCCUUCACUGCUUCCUCUUGUCCUGUUCCUCAAUGUUCUCCCAUUGGUGGUUGGUGCUUUGGAUUAAGUGAGACCAUUUAUUAGUUGAUCCGCACCACUGCUAGCUCUUAAAAUGGAGAAGUUUUCUCCAUGCAUGUUUCAUAUGAUCCUUAAUAGUCAAAGGCAAGUCUCUUCUCGUGAUAUGGGCUAAAUCUGAAGCCUGUGGAACUAAACUGCUCUCAGUUAGCUCUGAUCUGAUCUAGCUGUUAUAUCUGGUUUGCCAAUUCUAGAUCUGAAUUACUGAACUAUAACUAUCGUCGCUUUUUCUAGUAUGAUUCAGAUGUGUCUAGUCAAUGUAGGCUUGUUCAAGGAGAAGAACCUGAUGUUAUCCACACAAAUCGGAUGUAAACCUGAUGGAACUUUCAGUUAGGAUCAUAAAAGGCUAUUAAAAACAAAGGAAGUGGGUAGGAAAGUCAAAGGGACGUGGCACUGGUGGAGGUCUCUUUGCGUGUAAUAAUCAUUCGGAAAGAGAAGCGAUUUUUGUUUCUUUUGGAGUCUGUUACCACCCCUGAUCUGACCAUCGCUGCAGUAGCACCCCACCAGCUGCUUUAUGUGGUGUGUGGGAGUUAUCUGAGUAGAAGGGCACCAGAAGGGUAGAAAGGAGGCACCAGCAGAGAAGGGAGAUAGUGAUGGGUUUGUGACUAAUCUUUUUAUCUGCGAUUACAUUUGUGUUGUCAGCCUAGACGUAACUCGUAGUUUUCCCUGUGUUUGCAAUGUCUCUACAGUCUUGUUUUUGUCUGAUUUAGGUUUAUCUCCUCAAGCUUGUCUACAAUCUGUUAUGCCUCUGAAAUACCAUCAGCUGAUAACUGAAAUGGCCAUUAUUUGUGACCCAGCUGUUUUAGUCAGUUUACUAUUUUGAUCUCUCUACUCAAUGAAUGGGAAGAUAUUACUGUUAAUGACUAAGCAAUUAGUUACGCGACUUUGAAACUUUAUUACUGUGACCCAGAGGUAAUACAGUGAUGAUGAAAUUUUCGCUUUUCAUUUUCACUUAUGUAUCUUAUGAUAAAACAUUCUCCUAUGGAUCUUUUUUACUGUGAUUCUGGGACUUCGACUGAAUUACACAUUCGUCAGAAAUUGUCAUGUUUUGCAAUUUGGAUGCUUCAAUGAUCAGAUACAUUUUUGUGAAGUGUGGAACUGAAAAUUUCCUAGAAUAAUUUUACACCAAAAUUUCGGAGUUUUGAAGAAUCAUGUUAUGCUUUUAAAGAUAUUAGGAAAAUAAAAAAUUGUUAACAAUAUCGUGGUAUUUAUUAAUCUCCCACUAGACAUAAGCGUACAUAGUUGAUUCUGAGGUCUUAAUCAGAAGUUUUGGAUAACACAACGAUAGGGAUGUACAAAUAUUUAAUGAGAACAAACUCCUGUACAAGAAAGAAAAGGACAGGAAGAUUUGGUUGUCUAUGCUGCAAGCUUGACUUUGUUUCCCUUUUUUGUCUGUUGAUCUAUUCUCUUUUUAUUGUUCUUGAUUAUAUGCUACUAUGCACGUUCAAAAAAAAAAGAAACAUGUGAGGAACACAAGGUGCACAAAGUGAUAGACGCAUAUCCUUCCUGCAUUAAAUUUUGGCCACUCUUUUACCUGGUCAGAAAUUAAAUAAUAAAAUCAUUACAGGGGAAAAAAAUGUAAGUUUGAAUUAGCAGUCGUUCUCCUGGUUGUCUUUCCCAUUAGCAGAGUGCAGAUAUUCAAUGAAAGCGAGGGCUGCCCAUUGUGUGUCGUGUGCAUACUUGGUACCUGAACAUAUGCCAUCCUUGGUACAAUGUGUGUUUAGGCAGCAGAAAGGCAUUGACACAAAGGCAUGUAUUUUAUGUUUUUCAUUUUAUGGGCACAUAUUAUUGUUAUUUACAAAUUUUAUUUAUCUAUAAAUCACAAAUAAUUCAAAAUAUUUAUAAAUAUAAAAUCAUAUUAAAUAUAUUAUUUUAUUAUGUUGUGCGCGUAUAUAUGCUUGUUUACUGAAUGAGUUAUAUCAAAUAUUUUAAGAUAAUUUCUUAAUUUUUCCGAAAUGGCUACACUUAGGUUUCUUUCCUUGUUGACAAGGUGGAGGUAAUAGACGACCUAGUUGAUCGCCUUGAAAAAUUUUGGACAUACAUCAUGCUAGAAAAUUUUCUAACUGCUUUAACCAGGAGUUGCGGAGGAUUUAGUUUAUGUGCACGUUCUUUUUAUUGAUGGACACUUAUCUCAAACCUUUAUUCUAGAAGAUCUGGGUGAGGAAAUUUUCUGAAUUACUAUAUUACCUUAUAUUAUUGAUGAACUUGUAUGCCGGUUUUUUGCUGUGGCCAAAGGCAUUCUUUUAAAUACAAAAAUAAUGAAUUAGAUGAAAACAUCACUUUCACCCAUAUUGCUCUGCUAUUAAGCUGGAGUAGUUACAUGAAGAGUGUCAAAAAUUUAUAUCCAACGUCUGCUUCUGGCUUUAAAACUUUACAUAAGUUGGAUAAUUUUCUUCCCUCUUUUUCCACGUUUUGGUUCGUGCUAUUACGUGUUUGGAGCAAUAUUGUCGUUUUUCCCUUUAGGAUAUAAUGCCUGCCUUUAUUUCAUGUUGUUUAUUAAUGUUCGUCUCUAUUUUGUGUUGUUGUAGGGAGAAAGACACAGAUAUUGCUUUUGCACAAGAUGCUAUUGAUGAAUACAAGGUAACAUAUGUUGUGCUGUGGCUUUACAGUUUAAAAGAUCAUGAUUAAUUGAAGACUUAAUGAUGCCCGUUGUGAGGGAAGAAUUAACUUGUAAGAUUUGUUUCAUAGUGCAUUCUGUCUUACUAGUUCCAUAGAAACAUAAGGAACAUCCGUGGUUUAUAUGUUCCAAGGAUUUACCCCUAUCUUGACAUAAGCGAAAGAAGUACUGGUCCUUCCCCUAUCCGUGGUUUAUAUGUUGCCAGAUUUUCUCAUUUUUGUAGCCUCUCCUGCAUGAUCUUCCACUGGAGUCCCUUUAGAGAACAUGGUGUUCACAAACCCAACAUGCCACUAAAGGCUAAAGCUUUCAUCUGUGAUAGAUUGACAUGGCCACCAGGUACAGUAGAAUCUUCCUUUUCAUCUAUCUCUACUGCUAUCAGCCAGUGGUCUCGCAGUGACCUUUCUAGAUGCUAACUUAGGCGGAUUAGUAGCUGCUCGAUCUCAAACAACCUAAUAUUUCUCCUAAUCCUAGGCAGCUAUCCUCUUCUCCUGACUUAGUGUUAAAAGGCUGUGAUCAAUAAUGGCAAAAUCAAGUGUUGCGCAGUGAAGAAAAUGGAACUGAUUCCAAAGAUCCGAGAAUGAAGCCUUUUGUCCGUUCCCAGUAGGUAGCUUUGACGUAUCUUUCAGCCCAUAAUUAGCUGACAAGAUACCCUUCCAGUAUCAAGAAAUGUGGCUGAUAAAAGAAGUAUGUUAUGAGGCUGUAUGAUACAUACUCUGCUUUUCUGUAAUACUUCUGUCUAAUGAGUUCUAGCCUUGUCUUUUGUCCUGAAUUCUCGACUUCCAUGACCAUUUUGGAGUGAUCAAUUAGACUCAUUAUAGAGAUGUGCCAUACUAAAACUUUGUCGCUGUUCUCGCUUCUGACAACAUUGAAUUGCCUCUAACUUCGGUGCCACUGUUCUAGGGGUCCUUACAAAUGGACUGGUAGUAAACUGGCAGGUUGGCCCACUUGAUGUCUUAUUCACGCAUUACUAACUGCUCCUCAUCAAUGUUGACAAACAGUUUGGUGUCAUGACCAUUUUCUAAAUGUGUUGCCUGAUUAUUCUGCCAUGUGCUGAUCCGUAGUUCAAUAGUCAGAACAAAGACAGAGAAGAUGCUGGAUCUCCCUAGCUAAAGCCUUUCCACUUUAAAUCUUCUCUGUUGUCUCUUCAUUCACCAGUAGAAAGUAACCACGGACCAUUGUUUGUGUUUUUAAUGAAUCUGGUUUCAUUAUUUGAUGUGGCUUUUGUUUUAUGUAUAAUCUUGUGAUGUUUCAGUUGCUUUGAAAUUAGGCUGUUUCUUUCUGUUCAAAGGUGGCCAUAAGUUGUGUCUUUCUGUUCAAAUGAUUCGCAUGUACACAUUAUGCCCUACUGUAAGGAGCGAAAAUGGAGAAGACUGUUGCCCCUAUUCUAGGAAUUAUUUGGAGGGAAAAUAAUAGAUAGCUAUCUAAAAUGGGCAUUUUAUGUUGUCCGCAUACCUGCAAAUGAUAGUCUGAUUGCUAGAGCUAUUCGCGGUGGGGUGGUAUCUGGAAAGGUUUCGGUGGUUCAGAGGUGAUCAGUAAUUUUUUAUUUGAGUCAUAUGAUUUUGCCUACUCCGUACAACUGUUAUUCUGAUCUUUAUAUGCAUUGGUAUUAUCUGAAUUGAAUCAUAUUUUACAUGAAGAGACAGUUGUUUUAUUUUCCUUCCCUCCUCAUCUUUUAAAAAGGCUUUGGUUGGAUAAUUUUUAUGGAUUUCUUCCGUCUUGAUUCAUUUUCUCAAACAUCCAGGCAGUUUCCACCGUUUUACUGAACAAAUGGCUACAAAUGAAAAUACAUGAACACCUUCAAAUUCUUUUAAACCACUUUUGCUGUUUUUUGGUAUCUACCCGCUGGUUUAUAUACAUUCUAGCGUAUUAGUUUUGAUUUUUACGUUAUUUGAUCCAGAUUUUUAUAGAACAAUUCUAAUCUAAACUCCUAUUUUGUAAAAAAUGUUGGUUGUUUAACUCUUUAAUUGUGACCGCAUUUCAGUUCAGUACAUUGAUUAAACUUGGAGUAAGCAUAGAAUAAAACUGUGGAUAGAUAGUAUAUUCUGCGUCCCUUGUAUAUGAUCUUUCUUUGGAUUUGAGCACGGAUUACAAUGGUAACUGACAUAUGGUUAUUACAAAAACUGUUAUCUAUUUUUUAUCAACCAGGCCCGUGAGGUUGCGAUGUCUGUCCAAGGGAAGACGGUAGACUAUCAGAGAAAGAAAAGCAAAGGUCAUUCCUGCUCGUGCUUAUUCUUGGUUGCUUCUUUUACAUGUUGACGAAUGAGUUUUUGUCACAAGAUUGCAAUCUGUUGUUAAUGUUUUUUUGCUUUUCAACAGGGCUAAGCAUUUUCUCUAAUGUCAUGCACCAAAUUUUCACUUGUUUUUUUUUCUGCGAAAAUCUUUUUUUUAAUUUCGGCUGGGGGCGUUUUGGUGAACAACAUUGUCAUGGGAAGAUGUUAUGGAUGUUUCAUGUACGUUGUUCAAUUGCAGAGACAUGUGACUACAGAAACGUAUUGAGUCACACAAGGGUUCUGUUUGUGAUGGAUCUUGAAUAAAAUGGUUGGUAAACUGGAAGAUUUGAUUUUCUUUUGAAGAGGUAUAAACAGAACGUCUCAGGGACUGAUGAGGAUACAUACUUCAUUUUUGCUGCUGAAAAGGAAGGACUGGCUGUUCUCAGUUGAUUGUUUUUACUCAAACGAGUAUUUUUUGGGAGUUGCUUUUCUAUGCCUUUUUGUACUUUCAAAUUCCGUCUCUUUGAAUGUUUUCAGUGUAUUCUUAGUUGCAUUAACAAAACGGAAUAUUUUGGCAUUUGUAAAUAUAUGCAUACACACAUUUGCCUAGCUGGAAAAAAGAUUCUUUAACAUGAGUCCUCAUAAGAGUGUAAAAUUUUGUUAUCCUCGAAAUAGGCAUUGGAAAACAUUCUGACAUGCUCAUGGCAGAACUUCUGGUAUUCUCAUGGUAUGUGUAGAACUGGCCAUAAAAGAGAAUUUCUGGGUUGCCUGUGGUCAUUUAAUGGAUAUUUCAUUAUCAUUAAUGCUGUUUCUUAUUCCAUUCCCUCAGUUUCUAAAUUUAAGUAUAUGCUUGUGAUCUUCCAUUUUUCCUCGUUAAGUUGUCUAUUUCAUUAAUUACCGUCAAAUUUGCUUACUGUUCCUUUAUAUGCACUUACCUGUCAUAUCUUUUUUUGCAUAACGUUGAAGCAGGAAUUGUCACUUAUGAUAUUUUAAUUUUCAUACGUUUUAGAUAGUUUGCGUAAGCUUGAAGACCAGCCUGAAUGGUUGAAAGGUGGAACACUCCGUGAUUAUCAACUUGAGGGCCUGAAUUUUCUGGUUAACAGGUACUCUACUUUUUUCACAUAUGACUGUAAAGUUUCAUAUAUUUUAUGGAUUUAACCAGUUAAUAUUGUAUAUGUUAGUAAGCUUGUUGGUGGUUUGGUUUGAAUCCCAGUUGGAGAAAUGACACAAAUGUUAUUCUAGCUGAUGAGAUGGGCCUUGGUAAAACUGUUCAGUCGGUUUCAAUGCUAGGUUUCCUUCAGGUAAUGCUGAAUGUUUUUCUUCAUUUAUAUGUUGAGUAGUUUUUAUUGACAAGCUGUUUCUUUCGUAUUUCAGAAUGCUCAGCAACUCCGGGGGCCGUUUCUUGUUGUUGUGCCACUCUCAACGCUGUCAAACUGGGCAAAGGAAUUUAGAAAGUGGCUACCUGAAAUGAAUAUUAUCAUGUAUGUUGGAAAUCGUGCUAGCCGAGAGGUAACUUGCUACUAUUAUUGCAUGACGAAGGCAUUUGAUUUGGAAACAGUUAUAAUGCACUAAAAAUAUUGCAUGUUGAACAUGGUAAACAUGAGCAUGACUCUUAGUAUUUCUCUGUUUUUUUAGUGUUUACCUUUUGAUGAGUUAUUCAAAAAAUUGAAUUGAAUUGAAACAUAAAUGUUUAUUACCGGCAACUAUAUGCCACAUUUACAACUUCUACAAUUGUUCAUGUGGAUUUUUUCCCCGACUUUUUUACUGAUUGGAAAACGUUUUAGGAACAGAAUUUUUUUGUUAAAAUGGAGCUAUUUUCGGAAGCGAGAAUUAACGAAAAAGUUAUUUCUUUGAAUCUAAUGCAUACACCUGAACUUAGAUUAAGUCAACAGAGAUGCUGGAUGAAUAUUUGUUGUCCUUAAUCCUCACAUUUUCGUCAAUAACAUAAUGCUUGAUAUAGAAAUCCUGCUGUAAGAACGUUGAAACACAUUGCUUAUAUUUUCUGGAACAAUGACACAAGUGAUAAGCCUUCCUAAACUUUUGAAGAAAGAAGCCAUAUUGUUCCCUGAAACAUAUGUUUCAACUGUACGUUGUGUUUCACAAAUCAUCGAGAUAUCUGCCCUGUUUCCCCAGCAUGAAUAUGACAUCGUUUAUACUUAAGGAUUUAGUUCAAUGGUCAUGAGAUAUUGGAGAAAGUAUAUCUUCCAGUGUGAAUGUAGCAUAGAUGACUUAAUUAUGGGACUGAUAUAUAUAUUUAUUUAUUCCCUCGACUUUUCAUCUAUUUUUAUCUUGCGUUCUGAAUAAUAUAUAAUCCUAUUGGACGUCACAACUCCCAGAAGUCCGACGUUAGAUCAAUAAUAUCUAACAUAUGGAUAUUGUUUUUCCGCAGAUUUGUCAGCAGUAUGAAUUUUACACGGAGAAGAAUGGAGGUAGACACAUAAAAUUCAAUGCUUUAUUGACGACAUAUGAAGUAAUACUGAAAGACAAAGCCGUACUCUCAAAGAUAAAGUGGAACUACCUUAUGGUUGAUGAGGCUCACAGACUGAAGAAUUGUGAAUCAUCUUUAUAUACCAGCCUUCUUGUAUGACUUUCUUUCUUGUUUACUAUCGUAUGAAAGAUGAUAUAAAUCCUUGAAGUCUUGCUCAAUGCUGCUAAUUUUCUGAUUGACUGACGAAACCUUCACUUCUCUUGGUGUAGGAAUUUAGCACGAAGAAUAAGUUACUAAUUACUGGCACGCCACUUCAAAACAGUGUAGAAGAGCUAUGGUGAGUGUUUAUCUUGUUUCCUCGUCCAGGAAAAUGCCACGUGAUUUUCAAAAAAAAAUUCGUUUGUCGAGUUGUCAGAUUUGUCUUCGCUUUUCCUUUUCACUGAUAAUGACAGCAUUAUCAUAAUCCUCCUAAUAUUUUUUUCUCUUAUUUUAUUUUACUCUUUUCAAUACCAAGCAAUGUAAGUUCCAGGUAAGCAGAUGGUCUGCUUAAAAGUCGAUAUGACUAAACUGUACACAAGGAGCCUGUGCACUGGCAGCACCUUGGAAAGAGAUCAUAAGAGGAUGAGGAAGAUCUCCAUCCAUGCAAACUUUGGUGCAUACCUUGGAAGAUCUCCCAUUUUCUACUUUAAAGAAGUGUAGGAAGGGUAAAUGAAAAUGCCAAAAGAAGAAAGAGAAGAGGAAUAAAAAUUAAUGGGAGAGGGGAGGGUUUGGGGAUGAAUGGAACUAUAAUGAACGAAGGGAAAAGAGGAACAAGUUACGUCCUCGGCUUGUCUCUAUCAAACUAUAACGUGUUUUCUUCCUGAUAUCUUGCAUCUCUGCAGUUGACCGAGAAAGAUUACAAUUUUUAAGUGUGAUGGUAGUCUUAAUCUUUUCUCUUGUAGGUAUUAGCAAAAAUAUAAAUGCUUAGCCGCUGUUAUACAAUGAAUUUGGUCAAGUAUGCUGUUAAUCAUGCGUGUUAGGCGCAUUUAUUUGCAGAAUUUAAAAGACCUCUCGCAAAGAUUAUGCCUUUAUUUCUAAAAAUAUCUUAAUAACUUGUUCCUGUAUAUUUUUCUUUGUCAAUGCUCUUUGCAAGAACUCGUAUUAAUUUAGUGAUCCUUAGGCCUUCAUUUAAAUACAUUUAGUUGCUCUUAGAAACUUUGGUCCUUUUUAGGUAUUGAUCUUCAUGACAUAUUAUUUUUUUGUAGAUUUGGAGUCAGCGGUUGCUUGAAACUUUUUAGAGUGAAAAUAUUCCUGUUCCGGUUAGAAACAUGAUGAAAAUAGCCCACACGUUUCAAUCUGAUCAGUAUAUUUUCAAGUUAAUACUUGAGACUGACAAAAAAUCUUUCGUUCUGAUGCCAUGUUUUUGAAGACCUAUUUAUUUAUGUAUUUAAAAUUUACGUCUCACUGUUUAAUUAUAAUUUUGCUAAUUAUUAGAGUAACAUGGUUCACUCUGCCUUGUGGUUUUCUCUUUUGAAGGUCAUUGCUGCAUUUCCUUGAUCCUGGAAAAUUUAAUAAUAAAGAUGAUUUUGUUGAAAAGUAUAAGAAUCUCAGCACCUUCAACGAGAUUGAGGUACAUAAUAAAGUCACAUCUGCCUUUCGUUAUUUACGACCAGAAUUUCCAUGUCUGAAAAUUUAGUUGUUCUUGGGGUGCUAUGACUUUUUAAUUGUAAUGCUUUUGAGGGAUGGCUUGCUAACGUUUUCCUUGUUUUCUUUCCUUUGCACUCGAUUGGUCUUCUAAUUCUAGUUAAGAGUAGCCUCUUAUUAAUCAAUGAAUAAUUGACUAUUGAAAGUAAAGAUGGUUUUAUUCUGCUCAUUUUCAGUUGAUUUUUGAGUUGAAUACUCCAAUAGUUUUAACAUUGUAUUUGGGGUGGCGGUUGUUCAUGAUGCUUGCACCCCAAAAGUCUUAUCUUGGUUAUUAUAAAAGUAGGUGAUAACUAUAAAGAUAUAGCCCUACAUGGCUCAUUGCCUAUCGCUUUUGAGUUGAUGGCCCAAUGACCUUAACAUUUCUAAUCUUCAUGUUGCGCAGUUCUAAUUUCUUUGUUUGAAUGGAAAAUAACAGUCAUCUUAAUUGAUGAUUGUUUUUUGUUAAGCUUGCAAAUCUUCACAAGGAGUUGAGACCUCACAUCCUGAGAAGAGUUAUAAAGGAUGUUGAAAAGUCAUUGCCCCCCAAAAUUGAGCGCAUUCUUAGAGUGGAGAUGUCACCCCUUCAAAAACAGUAAGUGUUACUGAUGACUGCGUGAAAGAAAACUGUUUUAUAUUUUUUAGUUGCGAUUUUCUUAGAUUUUACAUUUCGAAACAAUACUUGAUGAUACCCUUCUGAUAUCUGUUUGAACUUUCUUUUUUCCUUCUCUACAACAUUAUAGGUAUUACAAGUGGAUUUUGGAGCGUAACUUCCACAGCCUUAAUAAGGGCGUUCGUGGGAAUCAGGUAUGUGAGAGCUAUUAGAGUUUUCUUCUCAUUUCUGACAGACUAUAGACCCGGUAAUGUUCUAAGCAUCGUUUUUGCAAUGGAGUUUUGUUUCCCUCAUAGCAUGUCACGUGUUUUAUCUAGACUAUCUGCAAUUUUUGCGAAACUGUUUGGAAAUUCAGCAUAUGAAUCAUGCACAUUCGUCUGUUAUUCGCACUAAGAGAAAAUAUAAACGAAUUUUAAUGUGAAUUACUGAGAGACAGAUGCAGCUCGAAGUUUUUCAUUCGAAUUUUCUGAUUAGUCCAUUUGAUAUUUUUCAGGUUUCGCUUCUGAAUGUUGUGGUUGAGCUGAAGAAAUGCUGCAAUCAUCCGUUCUUAUUUGAAAGUGCAGAUCAUGGCUAUGGUGGUGAUGCCAAUACGAGUGAUAGUUCCAAAGUUGAGCGCAUAGUAUUGAGUAGUGGAAAGCUGGUGAUCUUGGACAAGCUACUAAUUCGACUGAGAGAGACUAAACAUCGUGUUCUUAUAUUUUCUCAGGUUAGGUUAUUUAUCUUUUUUUAAUCCAAAUGGUUUCUUGCGUUGACACAUGCAAUUGUAUUUUCUUCCAUACUCUGAUGGCCAGUUUCCCCACUUAUUAAUCAUGUCAAUCUUUGGACAAUUGGGUAUCUAUAUAGCUUAGGGUUUUCAUUUCUUUGAAAGAUGUAACUUUUAUUUAGUGGAAUCCUCCUUUAGGUAUGUUUUUGCCUUGUUAACAGAUCGGAAGAUCUUCUAUUUUUUCAAAGAAAUUACGUGUUCCUGAUGCUCUCUAAAAUUCUUUUACUGAGCUUACUUGUGUUACUUUAGCAGGGAUGCCUCUUUCUGGUUGGGUUGACCAAGUUUUAUUAUUGAAUUGACGAGCCAUUAUUUAAUACCGUACUGAGAUUCCACGCAACUCUUUUUCAUACUUCAUUCGGGUUUCUCCUCCUGCUCAAUUGGCUUGAUGGAUUUCCACAUCACAUCGUUUAAGGGUUACUGACACUUAUUAACGUAUGAAUGUAGUUACUUUAGGUAUGCAAUGUAAUGUGUGUUGGAGGACUGGGGGAUGGAUUUCUUUUGAAGCAUGUACCAGUUAUACCUUGAGCAAUAGGAGUUGACAUCACAUUAACAAUAUAGAUGUGUAUCAACUUCUCUGUAUUGUGUUACUUGCGUCUGCUGACAGAAUUUUUCUUCUGUGAACUGUACUCUCAAUUUCGCUCUUUCGAUAUAGAAUAUUAUGUGAAUAUUUUCUUUUGAACCCAACUGUAAAUCGUCUAAUCGUAUUUGAUACCACUCUUUAAAGCAUUGUGAAGUCUUUCAAUGCAAAUCCUGCAGUGUUCUAAUCCCUACAAUCACAACAUAUGGCUGAGAUAAAGGAGAAAUAAUUCUUUCAUACCUCAAACAUAAGCUUGAUUUGGUCAUGCUUUGUGCUGAUCUAAUCAUUGUAAAAAUGGAAGUUAAUUAGAAGCAAGGUCAAGAUUUCUAGGGACGUUUUGCUUACUCUAGUUAUUUAAUUAAUGAGGAAAGUAAUGUUUGUGGCACUGAUCCCUUUGCUGCCUUUGAUCACUGUCGUAUUGUAGCUAGAGUCGGAAUGCUGGAAAACCUUAUGUUUAAUCACAUUCCUAUGAUAUAAACUGUAAUUGAGGAAUAUAAUUGAUGGCAGGACUCAAACUUUGUUGUUGAUGUGUAGAUGGUUAAGAUGCUGGAUAUACUGGCAGAAUAUUUAUCCCUGAGAGGAUUCCAAUUUCAAAGACUCGAUGGUAGUACAAGAGCUGACCUCCGUCAGCAGGCAAUGGAGCAUUUCAAUGCACCUGGAAGUGAUGACUUCUGUUUCCUUCUUUCAACUCGAGCUGGAGGCUUAGGAAUUAAUCUUGCUACUGCAGACACAGUUAUCAUUUUUGAUUCAGACUGGAAUCCACAGAAUGACCUCCAGGUUUUUAUAUUAUCUUUGAUAGAUUGUGUUUUAAAACGACUUCUUGAUGACACUUUUGUUAUGGCACCCUGCCUUUUCCUCAUUCCGCUUUCUGAAAUUCUGAACCCUUGUGUUUUUCCUUGCAGGCAAUGAGUCGAGCUCAUCGAAUUGGGCAGCUUGAGGUCGUUAAUAUUUAUCGAUUUGUUACAAGUAGAAGUGUUGAGGAAGACAUCCUUGAGCGGGCUAAGAAAAAGAUGGUACGAUAAGUUGUGCUUUUCAUUUUCACUACAGUUCUCUCGUUUUCCCUGUAUAUCAUGUGUUGUGUUCUGGUUUUCUACAUAAUUCGUCGUUGCUUUGUAGGUCCUUGAUCAUUUGGUCAUUCAGAAGCUAAAUGCAGAGGGUCGACUAGAAAUGAAAGAAGCAAAGAAGGGUAGCUCUAUGUUUGACAAGGUAUCAUUUUGAUACACUACGGUUGGGAUGCCUUUUCAAAUCUGGUGUAUCAAAUAUCAGUGCUGGACCCUGCAUUCCUGUUACUAGUCCUUCCUUUCGUUCAUUCCCCUAUUUUACUGUUAUUAAUUUCUCAUUCUCGCAGAAUGAGCUUUCCGCAAUAUUGAGGUUUGGAGCGGAAGAACUUUUCAAGGAAGACAGAAAUGAUGAAGAGAACAAGAAAAGAAUGGAAAGCAUGGAUAUUGAUGAGAUCCUUGAGAGAGCAGAGAAGGUUGAGCAAAAGGGAGCAGACGUAGAACCAGGAAAUGAAUUGCUGAGUGCUUUUAAGGCAAGAUUUGGCCUUAUGUUUGUCCAAAAUCUCGAACUUUGUUUUAUUUGUCUAUUGAUGGAAUUCUGAAAAGUUAUUCUUAUGAUGAAUGAACAUCUGUUCUUUCUCUAUAUAGGUUGCUAAUUUCUGUAGUGCCGAGGACGAUGGGACCUUCUGGAGCCGUCUGAUUCAACCAGAUGCCAUUGGGCAAGAUGAGGUAUGACUUCUGAGUAAACCUUCUUCAUUUAUUCUAUGGAAACAUUCGUCAGUAAUUAUUAAACUGUCACAUCUGAAUUUUUUAUACGUGAAUCGUUAUUUGCUUCUUUUUCUCAUUAAACUUAUACUUCUCUAGAAAUCCUCAUUGUUUGAUAUUUGACUCGUCUAUCAUUUCGUUUGUUUCCUCCAUUGUAGGAAGCAUUAGCUCCACGUGCUGCUAGGAAUACAAAGAGUUAUGCUGAGACUAACCAAACUGAGAAAACUACAAAGAGAAGAAAGAGGGGACUUGAGGCACAAGAAAGACCUCGUAAGCAUACUGCCAGAAGUGCAGAAGCGUCUAUCUAUACUCUCCCAGUGAUUGAGGGAUCUUCUGCACAAGUGAGAGAAUGGUCAUAUGGUUACUUAUCGAAGAAAGAUGCUGCACAUUUUGUUCGUGCGGUAAGUGUUUUUUUUUUAUAGAAAUUUAUAUGAAUUUUUCCAAAGUUUCAUGGUAUAUACAAAUCUGUUUCGUUAGUGUUCAUUUUGAGGGAGGUUUCAUAUCGGGGCAUGAUGAACUUUAGAAAGCUGCUGUAUCAGCGAAAUUAUGAAGUGUAUUCCGACAUAUUCCAAGUUUCAAGAUGUGUUUCUGAAAUCUAAUUGAUUUGCUUUUACUGAGGAUCCUAUUGAUGGAAUUAUCAGAUCUUUAUUAACUUCCUGGUAAUCAACAUAAAAAUGUCCUGCAUUUUCCUUUCCACACUUUCAAGGCUAAUUUUUUUGUGCUAUAUAGGCGAUAUUCAUUAUGUGUGCCCAUUCUGCUAUUUGUUCCUUCAUUGUGUGAGGAAAUUGAGGCUUCUUUUUUUAUGAACUUUUGUUGCAUUACCUCAGUGACGUUUUCUCUUCCGAUUUUAGUCUAAAUUACAUAAUGGCGUACGUUUUUUUAUUAUAAUAGUUUUUGAAGAACCUGUAAGUAAAGACUUUGAUUUAAUGUCUUGAACGUAAUAUUAUUUAAUGUUAAACGUAAUAUUAUUCCGUAUUCUCGCUGCACUCUUAUUGGAAUGAAUAAUGUCUGCUGAGAAAGAGUCUUUAAUGUUCGUGACUUAGUCAUUAGGCAUGUAUAUGCUCAACACCUCAUUUAAUUUCACGCCAUUUUAGGCCCACUCACUUUUGAUUUAAAAUAAUGGCAUGAAGUGCAAUAGUUCGUAUUCUCUACCUAGCUUUGGGGAGCACAAUGUGAAAAAAAAUACUCUACACUCAGCACGGCUCAACAUGGUGGUAUGCAUUACUUGUGAGAUUGAGGGGAAGAAGAUGCUCCACAAUGAGGGGUUCAUAAUUCUUGAACUUUAAGCAGCUUUUGUGUGGGUCUCAUGCAGUGAUGUGUGAUGCACCUGUCUCUUUUUCCAAUCGUUAACAUUAGUGUGGAUAGCAAAUAUAGUGCUAUUAUGGAUUUAUGUUGCAUUGAUACUUCAGUUUGGAAUUCGACCAUCAUCUGACAUGAAAUAGUGACUGGACUCGCCAAUUCUUCUCCGGAGAUUCUCUGGCAUGACAUUAAUAUGAUGUACUUUAUUGAAUAGUGAUUGUUAUACAUCAAAUGUAAAUUAAGUUGAGGUUCCAUUAUAUUCCUUUUCUCGUUAAAAAAACACGUCUAAAGGUUUGGUUUUUGCUUAAUUUGGGGAUUGAAAUUAACUUGAACUGUCUGUGAUAUGAACUAAAAGGUUUGUAUUGGAUAGUGCACAGGUUAUUUCAUUGAAAGUUUUGUUCUUAAUUGAUCUCUACCAUGUGUUGACUGAGAUGGAUGAAUAUGCUUAAGUAUGAAAUCUCAUAAUCAUUUUUUUAUAGAGUAGGGCACAUUUUAUUGCCUAAAAAUUUAGGCACUUUAUUACAUCUAAUUGAACUUAGUGCAAGUCUUUUGCCUUUGGGAUGACGGUGAGAGAGUUAUAAUGUGAUUUGGUAUAACAAGUGACAUGGCGGAAAGUUGUCUGUUGAUCAAAGUGGAUGUGGUAGAAAAAUACUCUGAUAAUAAAGGAAUGUCAUGCCAAAUAGCUACUUGCUUCACUUCACUAUGAACUUUCGUUAAAGUGUUCCUUUUUUCAAUGCCUUUUGUAUAAUUUUUAAUCGAUUAUUACAAAUAAAUAGAAGUUUCUCUAAGAAUUUUUUUCUAAGAAAUGAUAUCAUGAAUAUUUGUGUCAUUAAUUUUUUGAGUUUAGCGUAACAGAUGAAAAAUCGGAAUCCAUGCCUUACUACGGGUGAUUGACAGGGUUCCAAGCUGCAGCCUAAUUUGUAAUUUUCUCAUUCAGGUUAAAAAGUUUGGAGAUCGCAUCAGCUUGAUUGUAGGGGAGGUUGGCGGUGUUGUUGGGUGUGCCCCAUCAGAAGCCCAAGUUGAGCUAUUUAAUUCGUUAAUUGAAGGUUGCACAGGAGCAACAAAGGAAGAAAACAUAGGCGUCAAGGUUUGCCAUUUGCCCUUUUUCACAAAAUGAAGAUAAGUCACUGAAACCUUUGAGAUGUGACAUUUUCGACUUUGCUUUGCAUUUUAUUUUGUCCUUCAGGGACCUCUUUUGGACUUUUUUGGGGUUCCUGUAAGGGCAACUGAGCUAUUAGAUCGUGUAGAAGGACUUCAACUUCUGGAGAAACGCAUUAGACGUUGCCAAGACCCUGUCAAAGAAUUUCGACUGGUAACAAAUAACAAAAGUCCUCAGUGGGCUAAAGGCUGUGGCUGGAGUCAAGGUAACAUCAAGUCUUUAAUGUACCUUUUAUGUGAUUAUUUCUGAAAACUAAAUUUUUCAGUUCCAUAAUUUCACCAGUUGAUGAUGCAAGAUUGCUUCUUGGUAUCUACUAUCAUGGCUUUGGAAACUGGGAGAAGAUAAGGUUGGAUUCUAGACUUGGGCUUACGAGGAAAAUUGCCCCGUCCACACUAGGAGAAGGGGAAACUUUUUUACCCCGUGCCCCUAACUUGGACAGUCGUGCUACCAAUCUUUUACAGAAGGUAUCACAACCUUGUCUUUGUCCCCUUUGAUAGGUUGCGUUUGGGAUUGUAUAGCAUACUUAUUUUCUUUGUUCUACUCGUGGAUUCACUACUUUUAUUAUUUCUGAACUUCAAGCUUAGCUGUCAUCUAGUUUUUAAGUAAUCUACAAGGAUGAGUAAUGUUAUGAACAGAAAGUUUUUUACUUAUUAGCUGACACAACUUCUCCUUGAUGUCUAUUUUGUAUAAAAUUAAAUAUUUUAUGGUCUGACGUUAACCUUGGCGUUGCCUGCGACUUGGUCUGAUUUUCUUGGGAUACGAAAGUACGGCAUUCGGUGUAGUGUCUUUAUCAAGUCAUAAUUUUUAUUAUGCUUACCAAUUUCAUUCCACGAAUACUGGCUAAAAAAUUGGGAAGAUAUUUCGUUAUUUCUAAUGAUGUUUAUUUAGCAACGAUGUUUCGGUGAAUCUUGUACCUAUCCUUCUGCUAGUGAAUGAAGUCUUAUAUUUGUUUAUUUUUCUUCAAACCGUCACCUUAUUAACCUUAGAAAUUGGUCACCUCGUCCAUUUAGGUUGAUAGUUUCUUUAAUGUUAGCACAAACUUAAAAACCUCGUGGGCUACAUUUAGAGAAUGAUAAGCCACCAAAACAGCUGUUACUGAGUAUCCUUCAGACUCCUUAAUUGUUGAAGUGUUAUUCUUCAUUCCGCGUUUGAUAGGCUCUUUUAAAGGUGGUUGUGAAUGAGCUUCUCCCUUGAUGUUUUUUGGGUCUUCCUGGCUGUGUCCUUGUCUUCAUAAUUGUCUUUUAUACAGUUGUUAGAACUACAAGUCCUAUUGUAGUGUGCUGUAUUAUUUUCGGCUGGGUCUGAUCUACGCCCAAAUUAAACUGGUAAAAUUAAUUAUUAACGUAAAAGUGGCGAUUUUAUGUUCAGAUAUGUUUUCUAAUGGAUGUUAUAACACACGUAAAUAAAUAGAAUCCACAAGGUUGCUCACGACAAAUAUGAUUGCAGGAAUUAAUAACUGGGUUUUGAUUACUUUGGCCAUUUUCCCUUUGUGGGUUGUUUAGGAUAAACCUAGAGCUUGUGAUCUCCUUGUCCAGGUGGUCCUGGUUUGUCUCACAGUUCCUUUCCUGUUCAACCGGAAUUCAAAACUAUAUGCCGUAGUUUUCUAUUGCCAUCCAUUUCAUGUUAGUUGAAACGUUUUGAAUCUCUCUAUUCCACUCAUUUUACCGACAACAAAUUAUGACUUCAUUUUUUCAUUUUUUGCUUACUGAAAUUAUUCAAGUUUGCUCAAAAGUUUACAAAGAUAGGCUUCUUUCUCUCUUUUCAUUUCCUGAAUCAGGUCUUGAACCUCAUGGUGAACUAUGUCAUACAAUCUUGAAAUUAUUACAAACUUCACAUUUUGGCUAUUGUCAUACAUGUCGAGUUCUGCCCAUUUAACUAUUUUCUAAAGGGUGCCAAAUUACUUGCUAAUUUGAGGUGAUUUUUCGUGAUAAUUUAGUCAUCUGAUCCUUUUUUUUUAAUAAUUAUCUAAUAGGAAUUAAACUGAAUUAGCUGAAAAUAGCGGUUCAUACUAGACCAAAUUUUAUAGAUACUAUUAUUUUUUCAAUUCAACAAAAUAAGCAAUCUUUAGACCUUUUCUGUUUCUGGUCUAGGAUUAACGAGGAUUAGCUAUCUAGAAAAUUAUCCCUUAUGAUUUACUCUGUGUGUAGGUCUUUCAUAUUCGAUACUUUUUCACAUAGCAACAUCGUCAUUUCCACCGUCGUGAUUUUUACAUUCUCCUUACUAGCUGCCCAACAUCUGACCCAUUUAACAUGAUUAACUGAUGGUUCCAGGUAUAACCUCGUCUCAGAUGUAUCCUAAGUUGCUUUUGCUAUAAUUUUUUUCUGUGGUUAAGUGUCUCAGUUUGUUGGUUAGGUUCAAUUGGUUAAGUGAAUGAGCACAUUAGGUUGUAGUGCUUGUACAAUGCUGAACAUGUUUUCUAGUUUGCCGUUUUCAAUCAUUUAUAUUUAAGAAAGCCAUAUAAAUUGCAUUCCCUCAGAAAACUCGGUGAUGGCAUGUCAUCUGUUUGGUUUUGGACUGGGAAGGUUCUUAGUGUCAUUCUCCAUUAUACCAAUGAAUCAAUAACGUUCAAAGUUCAACUGCACCAAGUACACUUUAUAGGUUGUUUGCCUAAGGUUGGUCUUAUCUCCAGAUUUAUCACUUAGGCUUAAGGUUGACAGACCUGCCAUUAGUCAUGCUAUUGUUAUUUUUUUUCAUUAAAUAAUAUACUGGAUAUUAAUAGAUUGGCAAUGAUUUAAACUUUUUGUAGGAAUUCGCAACAAUAAACAGGAAAAGUUCUAAAGGCAAAGCAACUCGUGAGGUCAUCAAGAAUGGACGAGAGAACAGUCUUAAAGUCCAAAAUGGUCGUGUUAAAGACACUCAAAGGAAAGUCAACUCGACUAAACUAAAUCUUAGAAACAAAGACCUUGAUCGAAAGCGCAAAAAGAUUGAACCCCAAGUCAAGGAGGAGGGUGAGCUAUCUGAUUCUGAGCAAGAAAGGUAUCAACAAUUCAAGGAACAAAAAUGGAUGGAAUGGUGUUCUGAUGUCAUGGAAACAGAAGAGCAGACAUUGAAGCGUCUAGAAAGAUUGCAGUCAACCAGUGUAGUUCUUCCAAAGGAGAAGGUCUCUUUCUUGUUUCCAAUUUCAGUUUCUUUUCCUUUGUUUCUAGUAUUCCAUGUUGAAUCAUCAUUAAUGCUGUUUGCCUUCUCUGCUUUUCAGGUGUUGUCUCGAAUACGGAAAUAUUUACAACUUCUUGGGAGAAAGAUUGAUAAAAUCGUGGAGGAACAUGGAGAAUCUUAUAAACAAUCCAGUAAGAGUUGUUCAUCCUUUUUGACUUUGACAUUUGUUUUAUAAAGUCUCUGCGAAGCGUCCAUCAUCUCUUAGCUUUCCCUUAGUUUUCUGCCAGUUUGAGUUAUAAUGUAGUUUUUUUAUAACUCAUGUAUGCUGCACGUUGAUGGCUUGGAUAUAAAAAUUUAGUAUGUGUGUUGAUCAGGGUAAUAAAACUAUUCACUUCGCAUUAUUCUGAAUCACUCGUAUUUUUCUUACUUGAGUGGAAAGUUGUCUUCUGAAUAGAACUGAGUAAAAGAGCCAUCGCUGUCAAAAAGAAAAAAUGAUGCCGCCGAGAGCCAGCAAUAGGUCUAGGCUUACAUCUCCAUCGUUUCCUAUCUUGUUUGAAUAUGCUCUCAUUAAAUUCUUCAUCAACUAGUGUCAACUACGAAUUUAGAACCUCUCUCACAUCGCUUUGACUAGACUCAUAGUUUCCUGAAUUAUGGACUCUUCACUAUGUGAGAAAACUUCCUAGGGAGAACGGGUUUUUCUCUAUGUUUCACCUGCCUGGCGUUUGAGUCGUUGAUAAUUGUUAAUUCCUACUUGAGAUUUUCCUGAAGCUGAGAUGAGGCAUGUGGUGUGAGAUUUUCAACCAGGCUUGAAUCCUGCUCGCCACUCGCUUGUAUGAUAUUUAGACUAUUAAUGCUAUUUUCAAGAUAGUUUUGGUUGAGAUAUGACAUGAACAUUGGGCGGUCUUUUGACAAUGCAUGGGCUUUCAGAAAUAAAGAAAAUGGAUAACGUGAUAACCCUUACGAUCAUUCGGAUGUAACUUGCAUGAAGAAAUUUAAAAAUGGAAGUAACAGUGAUGGGCCGUAGUAGGUCAGUUUUCUUGUGAAAAUAAUAGGCUCUCAUUCUGACAUGUUUUUAGUCUUUAAUUUUCGUGAUGAAUUUCUCUGACAACGUUUUGGGUUCUUUGCUGAUACCUUAUCUCAUCUUUCUCCGGCUACUGAUUGUAUUUGCAGAAUAUGCCACCAGUUGUCUACGAAGUGGACUAGUCAUGGGCCACUUAAAUGUCAUUUUUCCUCAGUUGAUGAUAAAUCCUUCAGAAUCUUUAUGAUUACACAAGCAUUCAACAUUUCGCUUUUAUAUUUUUGAAUAUUUGCACGCCAAAAAGCCCAUAAAAUGACAACACGCCCUUUCGCAGAAAUGACAAUGAGAUUGUGGAACUACGUCUCCACUUUUUCAAAUCUGGCUGGGGAGAGGCUUUUUGAGAUCUACUCAAAACUAAAGGAGGAGCAGGCUGAUAUGGGCGUUGGGCCCUCCCACCGCGAGGGAUCUGCAGCUGGCUCAUGUGACAGGGAGAACGAUGAUAGCCAUUACCCUUUUGUUAAUGACUUUCAUGGCAAUAGAACUCUCCGUCAGAAGUUUUCGUCCCAGCAUUCAGAAGCAUUUUAUAGGGGGGAUCAAGCAGGAGCCAAAUCGGAAGCAUGGAAACGCCGGAGGAGGGUCGACAGCAAUGCGCACCAGUCAGUUCAGGCAUCGUAUUCAAGCGCAGCUGCCAGCAAUGGCACCCGGGCUUCCGAGACCUCAAACUUCGCCGGGAUCCUGGGGUCUGGUCCACCAGUCGUCAGGCGGGCUGGCAAUGAAAGGCCAACCAGGGUUCAGCCAGGCCGCUAUCCUUCAAGAACAGGACACCCACCUGACUUCAAAUAA